GAAGGCGCUCCAGUGAGAGUCAGUUUCACCGACAACCUUGUCUGUCUUGUUGACACCAAACAACGAUAAAUCAAUUUAAUGUUCGCAAGGACAAAAGAGUAGACUCGUUGUAGGACAAUCAAAAGUUUAACGAGCAUUGUAUUACCAAACGUCGCCGGGGAGGAAGAAUCAUUUUUGGAUUUCUAAUCAAGGAAGAAAAACUAGUUCACGCCGCUCCCGGGUCGAUUGCUCGCUACAAUUUUGAUUUGCUAAAUUAAACACGUUUUGUUGUUUCAGUUAACGUUAGUUCUGUAAAUGUUGUGACAUUUAAAAUAGUAUUUUGCAUUAGCCGUCGUUCGUGUGACGGGUGAACCAGAGCUGUCAACCCCGAUGACUACUGCAAAUUGCACUGGUAAUGAGGAGCUGGACUUCAGGCUGAUCUUCGGAGAGGACGGCCAACAGCAGUCGCUAGGCCCCGCAGAUCUGGAGCCUGACGACAAUACGUCCUUCUACAUCCUCAAUGUGGGCCAGCAGUCCGUGGUCAACAACCAGUCUAUGGGUCAGUCUCGCAAUGGCAGCAUGCAGCCUCACUCCCACUCCCAAGUCAUCAGCUCCUCCCCCCAUCAGCGCCUGCAGUCCCACAAGGUGUACGACCCCAUUUAUGAGGUCCAGGACAAUGUCAACAAAAACAAAUCCAGCCCUGCAGGUGGGGGUGGGGGGCCUCCCAAAGCCUUUGAGUGUCCUAGCAUCCAGAUCACCUCUAUCUCCCCCAGCUGUCAGCAGGAGAUGGACGCUAACGAGGACAAUCUUAGAGGUAAUGAUGGGGACUACCACCAUGGGGACCGGCCCCUGUCCAGGGACCACCUGUACCUGCCCUUAGACCACUCAUACCGGGACUCAACUCUCAGCCCGUCCCCCUGCAGCUCCCUGUCCUCCAGGAGCUGGUUCUCAGACGCCUCGUCCUGCGAGUCCUUCUCCCACGAGUACGAUGACGUGGACUCUGAGCUGAACGAAGCGGCCGCAAGGUUUACCCUGGGGUCUCCCCGCACCUCCCCUGGCUGCUCCCCUCAUCCUGGGGUCCUGGAGGAGGGUCUGUGGGCUGGGCAUCAGCACCACCACCCUGCCUUUCACCACUCCCACUCCUCCCACUCCCUGUCCCCCGUCUCCCCCUGCCACUCCCCACGCACCUCCGUCACCGACGAGAACUGGCUGAGCCCCCGGCCGCCGUCCCGCCCCUCCUCACGCCCCACCUCACCCUGCGGGAAGAGACGCCACUCCAGCGCAGACAUCUGCUACCCAAUGGGCUCCGUGUCCCCACACCACUCCCCGAUCCCCACCCCCGAGCCGUCCCCAAGGGGCAGCGUGACAGAGGACACCUGGAUAGGAAGCCCCUCCAUGGGCAUGUUCCAGUGCUGCCCUUCCGAGGCAGACAUCCCCUCCAAGACGAGGAAGACUUCCCAGGACCGGACAUGCUCCAUGGGGGGGAAGGGGGACCUGGGCCUGGACGACUCUGGGAACGGGUCCCCCCUCAUGGACUCUCCCUCGGAAGACACCUUGCACUCCCUGAAGAAGGACGGUCCAGGGGAACAGUUUCUCUCAGUGCCCUCACAUUUCACAUGGAACAAACCCAAACCAGGACACACACCCAUCUUCAGGACCUCCUCCCUGCCCCCCCUGGACUGGCCCCUGCCCCACCUGUUUGGCCAGUACGAGCUGAAGGUUGAGGUGCACCCCAAGGCCCACCACCGAGCACACUACGAGACGGAGGGAAGCAGAGGGGCGAUCAAAGCUGCAUCAGGUGGUCAUCCUGUUGUCAAGCUGAUGGGCUACAACGAGAAGCCUGUCAACCUACAGAUGUUCAUCGGCACGGCAGACGACCGCUACCUCAGACCUCACGCCUUCUACCAGGUGCAUCGGAUCACUGGGAAAACGGUGGCCACCGCCAGCCAGGAGAUCAUCAUUUCCAGCACCAAAGUUCUCGAGAUUCCUCUGCUUCCCGAAAACAAUAUGUCUGCCAGUAUUGACUGUGCUGGCAUCCUGAAGCUGCGCAACUCAGACAUUGAGCUGCGGAAGGGGGAGACUGAUAUCGGGCGGAAGAACACGCGUGUGCGAGUGGUGUUUCGUGUUCACAUUCCCCAGCCCAAUGGGAAGGUUCUCUCUCUACAGGCUGCAUCCAUCCCCGUGGAGUGUUCCCAGCGUUCGGCCCAGGAGCUUCCCCAGGUAGAGAAGGCCAGUUUGACCGGCUGUCUGGUCAGCGGGAGAGAGGAGAUGGUCAUCACAGGAUCCAACUUCUUCCCCGAAUCAAAGGUCAUAUUCCUGGAGAAGGGCCCUGAUGGAAGACCCCAGUGGGAAGUGGAGGCGAAAAUCAUCCGUGAGAAAAGUCAAGGAUCGAGCGUCGUAGUGGAGGUCCCUCCCUACCACAGUAAGACCAUGACCUCGGCUGUUCAGGUGCAGUUCUACGUGUGUAACGGCAAACGGAAAAGGAGCCAAUCACAACGCUUCACUUACCUGUCAGUCCUGGUGAAGCAGGAGCACAACAGAGAAGAGAUGGAAGGGCCCCCUGCUUUGCCCCCCAUGCCCAGUAUGUCCAUGCCCCUGGCCCAUGCUGCCAGCCUGGUCCGCAGUACCCACACCCAGCUGCCUUCCCCUGAGCAGGGCCACCCACCGGACGGCCUUCUGUCCAGCUCUCCCCGGGGCCUGGCUGCGGGCCCCGGCUCCAGCCUCCAUACUCUGCAGCCUGCCUGCACCCUCAUGGGCUCCCCCUCCUUCCAGCACCUGCCUCACCUCCAGGGCCGAGGCCUCCACACGCCUGCUGACUGCCACAUGACGUUCCAUCCGGGCCCAGCCCCUCCCAACAGGCCCUCCUACCAACACCUUCCUAUGCAGCAGAGUCACACCCACCCCGGCCAUCUAAGCAACCUAAAUCCCAACCUGCCCUACAAUGGCCAGCCCAGCCUUUCCAUGAACACUGGGGUUCCGCAGGGCUAUGAGAGGAUGCCUUACCACCACCAGCAGCAGUCUGACCCCGGGGCCUCCCACCCCCACCCCAUGGGGCUGGGUAUGGUGUACCACUCCUCCCCAUCCACCUCCGCCCAGCAGGUCUCCAGCCCCCACAGCCCCAUCUCCAAGGCCCCCCACAGCCAGCCCAUGACCCACUCAUCCCACUCUGCCCCUCACCUGCUCUCCAUGGGCUACCACUGCCCCCCCAACCCCAGCCAGGUGCCCUCGCCCACCCGCCCCAACCACACCAUGGGCCAGCCCUCACCCACCCACCCAAACCAUCCGAUGCAGCCCUCCCCCCAGCUGCAGAGAGCUAUGGGGGGCUACCACCCCACCAGCCAGAGGUCUGCCUCCUGUCCUACUACCUCCAGUGCCCCUCCAGCCCACAUGGUUCCCUCUCCCCAUUCCGGGCCAUCCUCCCCCCAGCUCCACUCCCUACCCUACCAGUCGCCCACCUCCCCCUCCCCCACCGGCAGCCCUCUGGGCCCCAGCACCAGUCCCAAGGCCAGCAGCCCUGUCAUGUCCAGCCUGUCCCCAGGCUCGUGCAGCAGCAACCCCGUGCAGCAGCACCCCCUUGCUCCCCAGCAGAGCCCCUUCCCUACGGAGGGGGAGAGUGUGAACAUCAAGCAGGAGCCGGAGGAGAGAGAGCCCACCUUCAGAACCAUCGGCCUGCAGGACAUCACACUGGACGACGUGAAUGAGAUCAUCGGCAGAGACAUGUCCCAGUCCCCUGGUGGCGGUGCCCAGUCAUAGCACUGUCAGUGGCCAGGCCUCCACACACCCAGCUGGGCAUAGCAGUGUCCUCACCAGCCCCAACACCACCACCUCCACCACAGGACUUUACCUGCCUCUAGGCAGGACAGACUGGGCUGAGAUUCCCCUUUACACUUCAUGGCCCUACCAGUCCACUAAAAGACCCUCCAGACACACAUGAACAAACCUUUCAUAUACCCAAUGACAGCAAAAGAGCUCAGAUUCACCCACCUACACAUGUACAGUGGGGCAAAAAAGUAUUUAGUCAGCC